AUGGACAGGAACCUCAACGAACUCCUCAAAUGGAGCAUUGAAAACGGCACGGCAGAGCAGAAUGGCGAGGCGGCACCGGCAGCCCCCGCCAGCAACCUCAACCCUGAGGCUAUCGCCGCCCUCUUUGGCAACGGCCCUAGCGACGCCGAGCUGAUGAAGCUCUCCAUGGAUGCUAUCACCUCGACGGACCCAGAGAUCACGCUUGACAACAAGCUCAUCGCCUUUGACAACUUUGAGCAGCUCAUUGAGAACCUCGACAACGCCAACAACAUCGCCAACCUCUCCCUCUGGACCCCGCUUCUCGGCUGCCUCGAGCACGAUGAGCACGAGAUGCGCCGCAUGGCCGCCUGGUGCAUCGGCACCGCCGUGCAAAACAACCAGCCCAGCCAGGAGCGCUUGGUCGCCAGCCAAGAUCACGGCGGCAUGAGGGAAAACCUAAAAAAGGCAAUAUAG